ACUGAUGAGAUACAAUGAAGACCAAGAAAACAUCCUCAGAACUCAACGCCGCUUUCGUGUGUCCAUAGAAAUGAAACACAGCGCAGCGCAUUUCAUAAAGAGAGCGCUGUUUUAAUGAGGCAGAGGUACCAAUGUAGGCACCGUCGAGCACGGAUUAAUCAGUAGCCUAAUUCGGGAGAAGCUUAACGCGAAACCUGAGAUAGCAGCAGUUCACAGAACUGCUACCGUACUAUCUGCAGGUACCCAAGGUGAGGUUACGUGACAGAGUCGAACUGUGAGAAAGGGGAGGAGCUGGCCAUUCAGACAGGCACAGAGACCUGAAGCAGAAGGCCCACCCACGCCCCACACUGCUGACUGAAAAGAAGGGUUACUGCUAUUUCCUCGGUGCCCCUUUCCUCCGCACACACUUUAGCUUUUCCCUGUCCAUCCCUUUUUUUUUUUUUUUUUACUUCUGUCAAAAGAAAAAUGAGACGCACCAAAGUCCUUGUCGCCAUGGUCCUCACAAGCAGUCUAGUCCUCAUUUUUUUCUACUCCUCCCUCAACUUGCAAGUAGUACACACCCAGAGAGCAUUCACGGUCAGCGUUCCUGUCAUCAGGCAGAAUGUCAGCUCAACAACCCGCGCCAAGCAGCAGAAUAUGACAUCAUCCAAGCCACAGAGUAAUGUGGUCCCCAUAACUAUCUCUGCAAACUUCAGGAAAGCUGUUCCACAGAGUAGUGCUUACUGGAACCGGAGGCAGAACUUCCUCCUGAAGCAGCUAGAUGCCAGGGUAAAUAUCACAGAUGAUGAAAGACUCGGCUGGUCUCACUGUAGUGCAGCCAGUGUGGAGAGGCUGCAGACCAACAUCCAGGAUUUCAACUCCUACCCAGCGCUGUACCGGGACUUCCUGCUUGGCAUGGAGUGCAGAGACCCCCCUAUUCUGAUUGACCAGCCAGAUAAGUGCACCUCAGAGGGCAGAGAAGGCCAGACCUACCUCCUUUUUGCCAUUAAGUCUGUUCCCAGGAACUUUGAGCGGCGGCAGGCGAUUCGGGAAACAUGGGGACAGGAGAGGGUGUAUGAGGGAGGACUGAGAGUGCGCACUGUGUUCCUCCUGGGCACAUCCUCCACAGAGGAUCCUGAUCUGGGACAGCUGCUAUCCUUUGAAGCCCAGCACUUUGGGGACCUACUGCAGUGGGACUUCCGUGAGUCCUUUUACAACCUGACUCUGAAAGACAACGCGUUUCUGCACUGGGCCAUGAAACACUGCUCCAGCGCAAUGUUCAUCUUCAAAGGAGACGACGAUGUUUUCACAAACACGCAGGCUGUGCUCACCUACCUGCUUUCCUUGGAACCUGAAAAGGCCAAGAAGCUCUAUGUUGGGCACAUUGUCUCUCAGGCCAGUCCUUUCCGUGAUGCCAAGAACAAGUACUACGUCCCUCAGACCUUUUACGAGGGGGCUUACCCCCCAUAUGCCGGAGGGGGUGGAUUCUUGUUCUCAGGGUCUCUGCUUCAGCCGCUCUUCAGGCUAUCUCAGUUCAUCCCCUUUUUCCCCAUUGAUGACGUUUACACUGGAAUGUGCUUCCAGGCCUUAGGAAUCACCCCUGAGGCGCACAAAGGUUUCCAGACAUUUGAUAUCCGGGAGCAGGACCGUGAGAAUGCCUGUGCUCACCGGGACCUGAUCCUGGUGCACCAGCGCAGCCCCCAGCAGACUCUGCGGUUGUGGAGGGGCAUGCACAGCCAUCUUCUAACCUGCUGAGUUUCAUACUAUGCUCUGUCACUGCCAGCUGUGAUCAACUUGCACAUUCCCACGCACAAUGCUAGAGGUAUGCUGCACAAACAAAUUACAGAACA